GUUUUGGAACAUACCUCAUAGAUAAGCAACAAUUGUUUCUAGAAAUCAUUUGUUGAUAACGAUAACGAAUUAUUACAAAUUAUAAGCUCCUCCAAGAAAUCUGGAAGUCGUGCGAUAACGAAUCUUAUCUUACUUUAUUUGCUUGUAUAUAAGACGCGCGACAAUUUUGGUAUAAUCAAUCGUAUUCAGCAGUUUCCAGCAUGAGGAAGUUUUUUAUCCUGUUUGCCGCUGUUGCCGUGGCCAACGCGAAGUCCAUCGAUAUCGAUUCAUCCAAAGUCCAGCCAAUAGAGUCAAUCGGUAUCAAAUGGUCCCAGGUGCAGCCGGUUGAGGAUUCCGACCAAUUCUGGGCUCGUCUACCAGAAGAGAUGCAGUACUUGCGGAAACAGCAACCAGACCGUAGGAUUGUGAAUGGUCAAGAAGCUGCUCCUGGCCAAUUUCCGUACCAAGCUGUCCUGAGUUUCGAUACAACUGAAGGCGGAGAUAUGUUGUGUGGCGGAUCAAUUCUGAGCAGUGACUUGAUUUUGACUGCGGCUCACUGUGUCUGGCGUGCUACCAGAGGGAUUGCCAUCGUAGGAGCUCAAAAUCGAAACAUAAACGAGCCUACCCAGCAGAGAAUUCCGUUUUCAAAAGUGUUUUAUCACGCCGAUUAUAACGAGAAGCAAGACUUUCGAAACGACAUUGCUAUAGUGCGCCUCAGCAGCCAAAUUACGUUCAACGAUCGUGUUAAAACUGUUCGUCUUCCAGCUCGUGGGGAAAAUCGUCAGUUUGCGGGUUUAACUGGGACCGUUUCUGGAUUUGGAAGGACUUGUGAUGAUUGCGACACAUCAAAUGUGCUCAGAUAUACUUCCAAUACGGUCAUGUCCAAUGCAGAUUGUAGGGCAUCCUCGCCAAAUCCUGCUUGGAUUGAGGACCAGAAUGUCUGUAUGUCUAGUGACGGCGAUCGGUCUUUUUGUAGAGGUGAUUCCGGAGGUCCUUUGACAGUGAUGGAUGGUGGAAGUACUUUGCAAAUCGGUAUUGUGUCGUUUUCGCGUAGUGAUACUUGUAUAACUCCUAAUGUGUAUGCGCGCGUGACUUAUUAUCUGGAUUGGAUCCUGCACGUAAUGACUUUGUAGGAAAUUCUAUUUAUGAAACAAAAUACAUUUAAGUAAAAUGUUAAACACCAUGUAUUACUUUCACAACUAACAGUCUAAUUUAAAGAAUUUUUGUUAAGGAAAUGCUGAGCUUAAAUAAAAAUCUCUUGAAUGAGGCAUUGUC